GGAAUCCGUCAACUGAUAGUGACCAGCUGAAACAGUUGAACUGGAUCAAAGUCCGGUUGAUGUUGUCUUGAUAGUUUAAAGUGUGUUUAAUUUUCGAUUUUGUGUGUGAUUCGUGGAACGUGGAAGUAAUUCAAAGCUCGAUAUGAACAGAAAAGAAACGAUGCUACCCCGUGUUAAAACAACGUUGACUGUGUCAGGAUCCAAUCGUGACACUUAUAUGGACUUCCGUAUAAUAAUACACUUUAUUGCAGCUGUAACUUUUUGGUUCGCUUUGUAUUAUGACUACAACCAUGUCAGAAUCCCGGAACAAAUUCAUCGUAUGGGAAACAACUUCGGCGGGAAAUUCAAGUUUUUGACUUUUCUGGAUGCUAUAAUCCAGGCGGUCUACUUCACAAUUUCUUUGGUUAAUGAUUUUCUUGGAAGCAAUGAAGUAUCCCCGAUACAAGUACCGCUCAUCCGCAAGAUAAAGGACUAUUUAAUGGCUUCAUUGGCUUUUCCAGUGGCAAUGAAUGUUGGAAUUUCAUUCUGGUCAUUAAUGGCAAUAGAUCGAGAGCUUGUGUUUCCUAAAGCUUUUGACGCCUUCUUUCCUGGGUGGCUUAAUCAUAUAAUGCAUACAAACAUUAUGAUAUUCAUAAUCCUUGAGCUAUUCAUAUCGUUCCGAGCAUACCCGAAAAGACGCAAGGGAUUACUGGGGUUGACAGUUUUUAUGAUAAGUUAUUUGAUUUGGAUACACGUUAUUAAAUAUUAUUCUGGAGUAUGGGUGUAUCCAGUGUUAGACGUUCUUAAUUUUCCUCUGCGAUUAGCUUUUUUUGUAUUAAUUCUGGCUAUCACUCUUUCACUAUAUAUCCUUGGAGAAUUUUUAAAUAGUAGAAUUUGGGCAAAAGAAUUAAAGCAACUUUCCAAAAAAUCAAAUUAGUUACAAGAGAAUUUAUUCACUCGUCACCUCCAAUCUUCAACUAUACACGUCAUUAUAUUAUGUACUACUUCAUCACUUACAUAUACACUUGAGAUUUAUUGCAAUAAGAAUUAAGUUGUUGUUAACAGAAUGUGAAAGAUUAUUUUCUUUUUUAUGGUUUUUGGCAUUAUAUAAGAAUUCAAUAAAAUUAUAACUUCUUUCCGAAUCUUA